AAGUCAAGUUAGCCGUUGAGUCUUCAAAGAGAAGCAGGAUCAACUGAGGCACAAAGUGAGUGAGGAAGGAAGUGUCUCUGGAAGGGAGAGUCAGCGUUGAAUCGAAUCAAAAUAUACAAUAAAGUGGUCCAGUGUCAACGGGUGUCGACGGACGUCCGUUCACCCCUGAAUCACCCACCGGUCAUUCCGACCGACAUCCCCGAGCCAAACCCCCAAACCCCGGCGACGGGUGACAACAUUACUAUCUUUCCACGGCUGGUUGACCAGUUCCCUCUUGGUCACGAUUCCGGACGUGUCCCUUCGGAUCUCGAGACCUGAUCAGAUUUAGAGGAGCCCCACUGGCAGGCUGCUCCACGAACAUUAACAGUGACUGCCCAUAUAACGUGUCAGGCCGUUGACAAUCAGGUUCCAUCAUGGCAGAAGAAGAUACCGAGUACUUGAAGCUCCCAGCCGAGGACAGAUGUGUUCAUAAGUUGUGGAAAGCCCGUGUUUCGGGUUACGAAGAGUGUGUCAAGAACUUUAGUCGCUGGGACAAUGACGACCCCAACUGGAGAAAAUUCGCCCCGAUUGUCAAGAAAUUUGUCACGGAUACCAAUGCCAUUGCACAAGAAAAGGGCCUUGAUGCCACUUUGGUCUUUGUGCAAAAUAGCGACCUGGCUGGCAAGCAGGUCGGCGAUAUCAUGGAUGGCCUUGUCGCCAAAUGUAUCGGUGCUCCCAAGACAAAGACGAAGGACUUGGCGAAGCAAAUUUGUUUGAUGCUUUGUGAGAUUGAAGUCCAUGAACGAGUCAUCGAGGAGUUAAUCAAGGGAUUAUCGCAUAAAAAUCCCAAAGUUAUAUCUGGUUGCGAGAACACCAUGACCGAAUGUCUGAAAUUGUACGGUGCCAAGGUCAUCAAAGUAUCACCUCUCUUGAAAGCUACGAUGCCUCUCCUAGAUCAUCGAGACAAAACGGUACGAGAGGAAGGCAAGCUCCUGAUUAUCGAAUCCUAUCGGUGGGUGGGGGGAAUUAUGAAGCAGCAGCUCACCGGAUUGAAGCCUGUCCAACUCACAGAACUUGAAGCAGAAUUCGAGAAAGUAGCCGAAGCAGGUAAAGCCAAACCUGAACGGUAUCUCAGAUCCCAAAUGCCCGUGGCUGGUGGUAGUGGCGCCGACGAAGGUGGGGAAGAAGUAGAUGGCGAGGACGGGGGUGCGGGUGGAACCCAAGAGGAAGAAGAAGAUGAAGAUCCUUAUAAUUUGAUGGACCCGGUAGAAAUUUUAUCUCAGUUACCCAAGAACUUCUAUGAACUAGUUGAAGAGAAGAAAUGGCAACUCCGUAAAGAAGCCUUAGAUGCGUUACUUCCGUUGACCAAGAACCCCAAGAUCGCUCCUGGUGAUUUCAAUGAUUUGGUGCGGGUUUUAAAGAAGUUCAUCGGUAAAGACUCCAAUGUGAUGUUGGUGGCCCUGGCGGCACAGUGUUUCGCAGGUUUGGCCAAGGGCCUGAGGAGCAAUUUCAAGAAUCAUGCCUUAUCGUCAUUGUCAAUUCUCUUGGAGAAGUUCAAAGAGAAGAAGAUUAACGUGGUGUCGGCUUUGGUUGAGGCCGUGGAUGCUGUCUUUCUUGUUCUAGAUGUGGAGGCUAUUCAGGAGGAUUGUUUGGCAGCAUUGAAGCACAAAACUCCCACUGUGAACACAGAAACGGCCAAAUACCUGGCUCGAUGUUUUUCCAAGUGCCCUCCGCAAUUGGUAACAAAUAAGAAGGCAUUAAAGGGUUAUGUUUCUUCGCUGACGGAACGACUCUCGCAUCCAGAUGGGAAUGUUCGUGAUGCAGCAUCUGAGGCUCUUGGCGUUUUAGUCAAGUUCUUGGGUGAGCCACAAAUGAUGCGCUUGAUGCCAGACUUAGACAGCAUUAAACUUAACAAGAUCAAAGAAUAUGCCGAGAAAGCUGAACUUAGUGGCAAGCCCGCUGCUGCUUUGGCUGCGGCACAAGCACCGCCUAAAUCAGGGGGAAAAUGCGCCACUGUCGCCAAACCCAAAGCUAAGGUUGUCAAACCAGCAUCCGAAACUGCUCCAGCCAAAGCCACUGCCCCUGCGAGUGCCCCACCUCGUGCGGCUGUUGCAGCCAAGGCAGUGGCUGCUGAGAAGAAGACUUCGGCCAAAGCCGUCGCUCGACCUGCCACGGCCAAGACCUCCGUUGCAAGUCGGAAAAAAGGCGAAGAAAUUGACCUGUCGCCCCCGUACAUGGCAAGCAACCUUAAGAACGUCCGCUUCAAAGAGGAAGCCAAAUUGAAAGUACUGAAAUGGAAUUUCGCCACUCCCAGACAAGAAUUUGUUGAUCAAUUGAAGGAUCAAAUGACCACUGCGAGUUUCAAUCAGACUUUAUUCACUCAAUUAUUCCACAACGACUUCAAGCAGCAUCUCAAAGCUAUUGAGACACUCACCAAAGCGCUCGAGUUAGACGUCGAGGCGUUGAAAGGCAAUUUGGACUUGAUUUUGAAAUGGGUGACCUUACGCUUCUUUGAAACGAACCCCUCCGUUUUGCUCAAAGGGCUUGAGUAUUUAAACAAGGUCUUUGCCCUGUUGUCAGAGACUUCGUACAACCUUCACGAUAUCGAAGCUGUGUCCUUCAUCCCCUACCUGAUCAAUAAAGUAGGUGAUCCCAAGGACCAAGUUCGAAGCAGCAUUCGGAACAUAUUCAAGAUCUUGUGCCAUGUUUACCCCGCCAGUAAGAUGUCUCCCUAUCUCAUGGAUGGCCUCAAAUCGAAGAAUGCCAAACAACGAGCAGAGUGCUUGGACGAAUUGGGAAAUCUGAUUCAAUCUUAUGGCUCGAGCAUUCUGCAGCCCACCGCUGGUGCUUGUGUAAAGGAAAUUGCAAAGCAGAUCGCUGAAAGAGACAAUUCCGUCAGAAGUGCCGCAUUAAACUGCAUAACAGAAGUUUAUUUCCAGGAUGGAGAGCGAAUGUACAAGGCUCUUGGAAACCUGCCCGAAAAAGAUAUGGCCAUGCUCGAAGAGCGUAUCAAACGUACUUCCAAAUCCCGCCCUCCGCCCAAACAAGGCCAACCAGGUGUUGCUACAGUUGUUCCUCCUCCUCCCCAAGCAACUAAAAGUGAUCCACCCUCUCGCGCUGGGUCGGCUAACCCUCCAAACGCUAAUCCCAACUCAAAACUUGAAAAGCCGGGGAUAACUUCCCGACUUAUUCGUCCACAGACAGCAGGAGGGGCACUCACGAAUGGGUCGGCCACUUUUACACGUCAACAAGCUGCAGCUGGUUUAAGUGCCAUGGGUGCACCCCCAUCUGUACGGAACAAUGGGAGCCCCUUAAGGAGUAGACCAAUCUCAGGGGCGUUUACCCUGGAUCUGGAUAAGAUUGAGUCUGCAGUAAAUAAAAUGGAUGAUGGCAACGUCAAAGGAUUGGUCGAGCACAAUUUGGAUGAUAUUUUCAAUCAUGAUCCAGUGACGCUUCCUACUAGAAGACAGUUUCCUUCGUCUCCUUCAAAUGGAUCCGGGCUUCAACAAUUGGGAUAUUCCCGAACAGCUCCAACGAAUUCCCAGCCUUCUUUGGCAGACAUGCCAGAGGCCUACGAGAUGCUGGAUGUGGUUCUCGCCCAGAUCUUCAACCAAGACACUGAGGUGUGUAUUGGAGCCUUGGUCCAGCUCGAUGAACUCAUCAAGGAUUCGGAGAAAGUUGAACUCCUUGGCAAGCGAAUGGAUCAGUUACUCGUCUCAUGUUAUAUGCAGUACCGAUAUGUCCUUCUCACUAAGAUGAGAACGGACAAUUUUGAUCCCAAAGAUGUCAUGCGGAUUUUCCAGUAUCUGACGAUGGUGUUAAUGUCUUUGUAUCAUCACCAGCAUCUGACUAAAACUGCUUCUACCGGAGCCUUACAUGACCUUCUCCAUAUCAUCAUUGGACUCUUAUUGGAGCCUCAAGUGCAAGAAUUGCCGCAAGGUUCUCAACUGAUUCGGGCAUUGAACGUUCUUACUGUCAAAAUCAUUGACCGGAGUGACCAUACCAACGUCAUGAUUGCCUUCUGUAAACUUCUGAAGGACAGUGUUGGGAACUCUAGCAUGUCCACAAAAUACGUAGACUUGGUCAUGAAAUGCUUGUGGAAGGCUGUCAGAGCCAUGAACAACUGGAUCGACGACAUGAAUUUGGAUUUGAUUCUUGCCGAACUUCACGAUUUCUUGAAGGCCCACCCAUCGUCCUACUGGAAACAGCAAUCCUCAGACACGCCCAUUCGAACCGUCAAAACCAUCAUUCACUCCAUGGUCAAACUUCGAGGGGACGAAAUCUUGGACCACUUGACCAGAAUCCCUGAUCCGGAUAAUUCUGAACUCGUGCCGUAUUUGAAGAAGCUUCUCCACAAUGGCGUGGGCAAGGAAAACGCUGCUAUGGCAGACAAUGGAGCCUUGAACGAGGCUAAUCUGCAGAAAAAGAAACCUCCAAGAUUUUCACGCUCUGACCAUGAGGCAUUAGCUGAAAUAUUCAAGAAAAUUGGCCACAAAGAACAUACCAAACAAGGACUUCAAGAGCUCUACAACUUCAAGCAACAAAAUCCCCAAGCAGAUCUCGAGCCGUUCUUGGCCAAGUCAUCCCAAUAUUUCCGGGACUACAUCGAACGUGGUCUCAAGAACAUUGAAAUCGAAUUAACCCAAACUGGAGGGGUACGAAAUGGUAGUGGCUCUGGAAGCACUUCAAGCAUUCCCACCUCAUCACGAUUCGGUUCUAUCUUAUCUGAUGCCACCAAAGAGAACACCCAACCAACGCCAGCUCAUUCCCAAUAUUUAGAGCGGCUUCGGAAACUUCGCGAACAAGGAGGUUUGGAAGGCAAAGGAGGGGGAAGUACCUCGACCAUGAACGCUUAUCGUAUAAGUUCCACCAGUUCCAUCUCUACUACCAUUGCAUCGUCUUCUUCAUCUUCAACUAUGAUGAGCUCAGAGAAAAACGUCAACACCGACAUGAUGGGAGAUCAACAAGAAAACAACAGAGUUCAGCAGCAACAACAACAACCGCCUCCCCCCAAUGUAGAGGAUAUUCGUAAAAGAUUGGAACGCAUCAAGCAAUCGGCAUUUUAGAGGCAAAACGAAACCGUUUGUGGACGAUGAGAAAAAGACAGUCUAUGUAUUGCCUAUUCGAAAUUUAAAACCCAUAUUAACGAAACGAGAUGCGCUUGGCUUUUGACAAUUAUAUUGGUUUACUAAUAACUCUCAUCCAAUAAAACAAGAAAUACUUCAUUUUCCCAUUGAA